AUGGCGGGCUCUAAAUUGCUUCAAACUUCGCUCCAUCUCUACGCCUACCUGCUGCGCAAGGUACGCCUUCUGCCGGCGGAGGUUCAGCCCUACUACCGCAACUACAUUAGGCAGAAUUUUCGACAACACGCAGACGAGGAUGAUCCGGAAAAUAUAAGAAUCAUGACCUCUACUGCGAUUUCGGAUAUGGAUUGGCUGCUGGCAAAGGUAACUACCUUCUUCCUACAUGGUUAA